UUUAAGAAUCCAAUCUUGGAUUUUCUUAAAGAAACGCACCCCAAGUGUCGAGUAACCUUCAUGUAAAAAUAAGUAAGUGUGAAAAUUCGUUCCAUUCAUUGAGAACUAAAGUCUUCCGAUCCUUUGCUUCCGUGUAGUUUUCAAACACCUGUCUGCCCCAGUGUACGUGUUUGUGGCCCAGUGGGACUCGUACCAAUUACAAGAACUUGUCCAUUCCAAAUUUCCCACAAUGAGACUUCCACCGGAACUACCGAGUGAAGCUGAAUACCUGGGCAAGUUUGGGAAGAACACGCACAGGUCGCUGAGACGGGUUAUCAACAGCCAGAAGGAUGGUGUUUUUUCACCCGCCUGUUUCAUGCACGCAUUCUCUAGCGACAAUCUUACUAACACGGACCAGACAUUGAGUUGUGAAAUAGGAGGAAAGACACCGUACAAAGCCUUUUCAGAAUGGUUUAUCAGCAAUGGCACACGUGGGACCUAUGUAGAGGAGCCGCUGGACAAACCAGAAUGCAACCCGUCUUGUUGUUCAAAGCUUUGCUUAAAGUGCCGCAAACCUAAACCCACUGUAGCAUACGAUGAAACCACAGAUAUCAUUAUUGGAAAUAGUGCAGUUCGUUGGCAGCAACCAACUCUCAUAACAUGGGCUUUGGCUUUUUUAGUUUACUUCUUCGUCUUCUGGAAAGACGUAGUUCUUUUGUAAGGCCCCAUUAUAAAGCCUGUUCCAUGGAAUUCUGAAGUUCCACGCAGGCCCAUGGUGACCUGGGGCAUUCUGCGACGAGAUUUACGCUUUUGGCUGUUAAAAAAUUGUGCUUUUAAGAAUCUAACCCAGAUUUGAGAUAUGAUGCAUUUGUAUCUCGCCAUAGUGGCCAGAAAUGCUUAUCCUCGAUCGAGAAUAUAACUAUACCAGAUUAAAAUCAACCAGUUACGAGUAGAAGUAGACGACCCUGUCCGUGAUGAAGAUCAUCAUCGCAGACACAAAAGUUAGCUUGAAAAAAUCGGAAUGCAUACGUUACAGUUCUCCUAAUAUACUCGCGUUUUCUAAAACCUUUAUCACGCAUCACACUUACUAUUUCCAGUGAUGUCACGCUGCUUUUGUUAUUUUUCGCUCCAAUUAUUUUUGAAUGACCUUCCAACGUUACUGCUGGAUAAUCCGGCACAGAGUUUAUUUUUUAUUAGGGUUAUUGUUUUAUAUCAUGUGCAUAGAAAUACUUCACAUCAGUGUAUAUAAUCGCAGUCUAGUCCUGUACUCAGAUCUCCUCACUGCGCAGGAGGUCUGAGUACGAGACCAACGUCAACCAAGUUUAAAUUUGCGAUCAGGCGAUUUUAUUUGUCACGGAGAUAGGACAGCCGCAAAAAAAAAAA